UUCUUUUCAAAGCUUCUCACUAUAAUGAACGUCAUCGCGCAGGCUCUAGAUGAGAAACUUGGGAAGGUCCCGGUGGCUCAAGGCUCGACGAGGCCAGCAACAUCAGACACGGAGGUGAUGCGAGCGAUUACAUGGCAGGGAAAGAAGAAGGUCUCCUGCGACAAGGUCCCCAAGCCGCUCAUCACCCAUCCCAAGGAUGUGAUCGUCAAAGUCACUGCUUGCACUAUUUGCUCCGGCUCCGACUCUCACAUCUACGGUGGAGAGAUCCCCGACACCUCCAAGGGCCAGAUUUUGGGACAUGAAGGCUGCGGUGUGGUGUCCGAAGUGGGAGAAACGGUGACCAAGUUCAAGGCCGGGGACCGAGUGGUCAUUGCCUUCGACAUCGCCUGUGGCGAGUGCGACUACUGCAAGCGCGGAGAGUUCACAGGCUGCGACACCACCAACGAUUCCAAGCUCAUGGAGCUCAUGUACGGUCACAGGCACUCCGGGGCCUUCGGCUAUGGAAACUUGGUCGGUGGCGUCCCGGGCUCGCAGGCCGAGUUUGUCCGAGUCCCCUUCGCGGACGUGAACUGCUACAUGAUCCCGGACGAGGUCCCGGACGAGAAGGCGCUGUAUCUCUCCGACGUCCUGUGCACGUCCUACCACGCCGUGAUGCUGGCCGGGGGAGUGAAAGCUGGUGAAACCGUGGCUAUCUGGGGGCUGGGACCGAUCGGGCUUUGCUCCGCGAGGUGGUGCCAGAUCAUGGGCGCUUCCAAGGUGAUCGGGAUAGAUUUCGUCAAGGAGAGGCUGGAGGUGGCGGAGAAGAAGCUGGGGAUCACAGUCAUCGAUCGAAACUCCGUCAAGGACGUUCCAAAGAAGAUCUUUGAGCUGGUUCCUGGUGGAGUGGACGCGAGCAUCGAGGCGGCGGGGUUCCGGUUCCCUGUGACUAUCCUUCACAAGGUGGAGCGCACGGUGGGGUUGGAGACCGACACCGCGGACAUUCUCAACGAGUUGCUUCUGGCGACGAGGAAGUGGGGGCGGGUGUCCGUGAUCGCGGACUACCUUGGCUACUGCAAUCACUUUGGGAUCGGGAUGGUGAUGAUGAAGCACUUGACGCUGCGAGGGGGGCAGUGCCCGUGCCAGCGCUACUUCGACACGGUGAUGGAUCACGUCAAGAGUGGAAAGUUUGAUCCGAGCUUCAUGGUUUCUCACAGGAUCAAGCUGGAGGACGCGCCGGAAGCGUACCGCAAGCUCUUCAACAAAGAGGAUGGUUACAUCAAAGUCUUUAUAGAAAUGUGAGAAGGGAGAUACUUA